CAUGCAAUUGUUUUAUCGAGAAAAUGUGAUUUGCGGUUUGCAAUAUAGGACUUUGCAAUUUGCAUGGUAAUGUCCUUUUGAUUAUAACAAGUGAGAAAGUUAAAUGGUCAAAGGCUAAUCAGAAUGACUGAUCAAGAUACAAACAAUAAUAUUCUUCCGUUACGGGAGAAUUUGGUGAAAACAGCAGUGCAAUUUCUACAAAAUCCUAAAGUAUUGUCGAGUCCAUUGACGCAAAAGCAGGAAUUUCUUAAAAGGAAAGGCCUCACGGAUGAAGAGAUUAAAACAGCUUUCAAACUAGCAUCUGUUGACAAUAUAGCUGAUCGCAAUGCUCUUCAGAAUCAGAAUCCAUAUAUUGCUGUACAAAUACCAUCGGAAUCUAUUCAUCCAUGUCAUCAAAUGAAUGUUUAUCAACCGACAUUUUUGUUGAAAAUUAAAGAAUUCUUUAAUGCAACUGCAUUAAUUGGUGUCACAGUAUACUGUGCAUAUUGGUUUUAUAAGAAAUUUAUAGAACCCUUUCUGUUUGGUCGGAAAAAGAAAAGGUGCAUAGAAGAUAAGGUAACCGAACUAGAUAAAACCGUCCAAAAUUCCAUGAAAGAAGUGAAAGAUUCUAUCUUAAAGGUAGAAGGUGAAGUGCAAAAAUGGACUCAGCAUCAAGCAUUGGAUCCAACUAUCCCACAACUGGUGCAAGAACUUAAACAUGAUUUAUCUAGUCUAAAAGCAUUACUUUUAUCAAGAAAACAAUUUCCUACUGCCCCUGCAUCUAUACCACCAUGGCAGUUGGGUGCAACAAAUGUAAGCCAAGAAAAAGCAACUGAACGAGAAGAUGAUGCUGGAAGUGGUAGCAGUACUAACAAUUCGGAUAGUUCUUUGGAAAUGAUUCGAGAAGAUCCACCUAAGGAAUAAGUUUAGUAGUUUUGAGUUCAUCAUAAUUACUUCCAUAAUGAUAGUCUUCGAUAUACGCGUUAUAUUUGGCAUAAUAUUGAAAGUAAAAGGAUUAUAAUUUCAAUAAGUACUAUAUGAUAUAUUACAGAGAUGCUUGAUGUUAUUUUCAUACAGGAUAUUUGGAAAGAAAAUGAUCAAAGGAUCUGAACCCUUUUUUAGCAUCUUGUACUUAUACUAGUAGCAUCGAUCUGUAUUUUUGGUAGUAUUCAUAACUUUGUCCAUGUUUUAAUAUCUAUCAAACAAUGUUCCAUUACAAAGAACAGCUUUUGUGUCAUUUACCAGAAUAACAUAGCAAAUCAAUUGAAUAAAUGUAUUAAACCAAUGUAAUUACAGAUCUCGCAAUUUUUAAUAAAAUUUUUUCUUUUUAUAUGAGAAGUAAAUAGGCUGUUAAUAGUUUCUUUAAAAAAUUACUUUGAUACGUUAUCGUAGUACAAAUAUAAGACGAAUGAGAAGAAAAAAAACACGGAAAAAAAGGGGAAACUAGAAAAUUCUUUAAAUGCAUUUUGAAAAAAUUUUACACGAGCAAAAGCCAUACUUUGGAUUCAAUAAUUGUGUGAAUUACACAUCUAGAAACGUCCUUGUAAGCUUGUAAGAAUUACGUUUAGUUGCUUUGUGUGGAGAUAAAUUAUAGAUAUAAAAAAAAAGAUGUAGCAAUUCUCUACACCGUGAAAUAAAUUACUUAAUAUAUAUAAUAUAUAUGUAAAUGUGUUAAUAUUUAAAUCUA